AGUUCACUUUAAAACUUAUAGGAACAACUUUAAAGAAAACAAGUAAUUUUAAAUUUUUUGGUAAAAAUGACCGAAAACAAAGAAGACUCAGUUCUCAGUCAAUAUUUCGCUAACGAUCCCCCUAGUUUUUUCGACCAUCUGGCAGAGAAAGAAGGUAAAACUUCCUCCGUUAUUCCAGACGCAUAUGCGUCCUAUGAUUUUCUGCACACAUUGGAUACCAAAUCGAGCGUUCCGGACAGUGUUCGCGAUUUGUGGAAGCUUCCCGUGAUUACAUCCGGCUCUUCCGUCGUACUGACUAUGCCCGGUGUCAGUGUCGCCACGGAUUUGAAUGAUCCGGUGCAAGAAGCUGUUAGUUUCCUGAUCGAUCCUAUUGAAGCUCAACAUCGUAAAAUUAUGUCCCCGAAUGAUGUGACACAGGAUGAGCGUGGCUUGCGAGAGCUAAUCGACCAUGGUUGUUUUCGAUCUGCAGUCAAUCUAACAGCGAGAUUUCUAACUAUCAAGCAGCAAGGAUUUGGACGGGCAGGUUAUUCCGUUAAGCAUUCCCCUAAUUCGCUGCAGCUCUGGUUCACUCGCCUGGCUCUGCUGAUUAAACUUGGCCAGUUCGAUAUAGCUUGCAUUGAGGCUGAACCUUUUGGAUCUUUGAAUAAACCGGAUGUGUUCUACGAGUUUUACCAUCCCGAUAUGCACAGCGAUAAAAAAGGUUCAAUGGCUCCGUUUUCGUUUCGAUUGCUUCUCGCGGAGCUACCGAUCUAUUUGGGCACUCCCAGAAUCGCCUUAGACAGGCUGACUGAACUUCUGGCUAUUACUAACCAAAUCAGAAGCUAUUUCGAGCGAUUAUCGGCUAGUUCUGCCACUAAAGAAGCGAUCAAUUUUUGGCAGCUGCGAGAAAAACGAGUUUUACAUUCCAUAGUCAACUGUUCGCUUAUGGUAAAGGAUUUUAGUCUGGCCGAUCAAUUGAUUCGGCAGCUGUUGGAAGCACCAACUGCUUCGGCUGACGAGAAACGGGCGCUGCUGUCGGCGUGGGGUCGCAUGCGGUUACAAUGUGGAGAUAUUUACGGCGCAGAGAAGAAGUUUUCCGAAGCGAAGCGAUUUCGGGAAGACCAAAACAGUCAGGACGUGCGAGAGCUAAUCGAUCGUGGUUUGCUAGCGGUAGCGCAAAACGAUUUCCAAAGCGCCCAUGGGCUGUUUCUGAAGGCAUCCGUCUUGGACGAUACGAAUACCAUGCUGUAUAACAACAUGGGCGUGUGUCUGCUUUAUUCCGGCAAACUAAAGGAGGCGAUUAAAAUGUUCGAAAGUGCCGUCCAACGCAAUCCCAAGCUGGCAUUGAAUGAGUCUCUUCUGAUAAAUCUGUCCACACUGUACGAGUUGGAGUCGAAUAAUUCCAAGGAGAAAAAGAUCGCUUUGCUCAAGCUGGUCAACAAACAUAGAGCUGAUUUGAGCGUGGGAUUGGAUGUUUGCCUGAAAUUACAAACAAUUUCGUAAGUACUGGAAUGAAAUAAUUUGAAAAAUUAAACACAGUUACUAGUUUAGGUCGUUUUUUUGUGAUAAUGAAAGUAUU